AUGGGUAUGGCGUUAGGGUUGGGGACGAAAAGGAAAAGUGAAAAAAUUCAGAAUCGUGCUGAAAAUAACAUUUUACCAUUUAUUUUCAUUGGAAAACUAAUUUUAAUAUUUUUUUCUGACAGGUAUUCUCCCAUUGGAAUCAUGUUUUUGAUUAUAGGAAACAUCAUGGAUAUUGAAGACUUGGCUGUUACUGCCCAGCAGCUAGGCUUAUAUAUGUUAACUGUCAUCGUUGGUGGUCUCCUUAUACAUGGUAUUAUAACAUUGCCAGGAAUAUAUUUUCUUAUCACGCGAAAAAACCCAUGGACAUUCUUCAAAGGUAUGCUUCAAGCUUGGGUGACAGCGCUUGGUACGGCAUCUAGUGCUGCUACGCUGCCUAUCACGUUCAAGUGUCUGGAGGAAAACAACAAUAUCGAUUGUCGGGUUACGAGGUUUGUUCUACCAGUCGGAGCAACAGUUAAUAUGGAUGGCACUGCUCUGUACGAAGCUGUCGCCGCGUUGUUCAUCGCCCAAAUGAACGGUAUCGACUUGUCUGCCGGAGAAAUUAUCACAGUGAGCUUAACUGCCACUGCUGCCAGUAUCGGAGCUGCCAGUGUGCCAAGUGCUGGUUUAGUGACAAUGUUGUUGGUUCUUACUGCUGUUAAACUACCGACUCAGGACAUUUCUAUGAUCCUUGCUGUCGACUGGCUCCUGUGA